AUGAAUCCAAUGUUUUUCUUGUUCAUCAUCUGGGUUGCAAAUGCUGAAUUGAGACAACGGAAAGGACGUGGAGUAAUUUGCACUUUUAAAAACAAGACUUACAACCUGGGAGACAGUUGGCACCCUCAUUUGGAGCCGUUUGGAUUCAUGUACUGUAUGAGAUGUGUCUGCGCUGAGACUGGCCAUGUGAAAUGUAGCACCGUCAAGUGCCCAGCUCUGUCCUGUGACCAGCCUGUGCUGCAGCCACAGCAGUGCUGCCCCAAAUGCUCAGAUGAACCCGCAUUUCCCGCUGCUCUCAGAGCUUCAAUAAAGACAUGUCGCUACAACGGAACCGUUUACCAACCUGGAGAGAGCUUCACCAAACACGACCUGUUCCCGUCCCGGCACAGGGACCAGUGUGUUCUCUGCACAUGUGCUAAUGGGAACAUCUUUUGUGCCCUGAAGACGUGUCCACCGGCUCUCUGCUCCUCUCCUGUAGGGGCCCCGGACACCUGCUGCCUCCUGUGUAAAGAUCACAACGGAUUGGUGUCGGACGAAAAUCAACAACUUAACCGCGGCGUGAGGCAUUCAGUGAACCAGUGUCCAGGGGAGCAGAUCAGGGUGUGGCCAGACCAAGCCACUGUAUCCAGGGGCAGGACUUCUCCUCAAAAUCUGGCCAAAUUGAACCUUAAAGGAGCCUCAGAGACCACCGUGAAGAUUCUACUGCUGCGGAAACACCAAAGAGCUUGUUUGUACAAUGGAAAGACAUACUCGCAUGGAGACAUUUGGCACCCGGUUUUGGGGAAGGUCCUGGAAUGCAUCCUGUGCACUUGUACUGAUGGCCUCCAGGACUGUAAACGUAUUAUAUGUCCCAGCACCUAUCCAUGCAAGCACCCCACAAAAUCUCCAGGAAAGUGCUGCAGGACAUGUCCAGAGACUAGAGCUGGAAUCAACGUGACGCAGUGUCACAUGGGAGACAGCACUAAUGUCUCGGUUUAUAAAGUGGAGGGUCCUUUAAACAUGGACAGUCCAGAAUGGACUAAGAUCAUUGCUGCAGAAAAAACAAGUGAAGUCGAGGUGCUGAUGUGGAGGAGUGUACAAGGGGUUUUCCAAUUAAUGGAGAUCGACGAGGUCCAGAAAACAGAUAUAAGAGAGCUUCAACAAAAUCGCACACUGCUGUCAACAAUCAAUGACGAGACAUGGAGGAGAUUUAAGCAAGAAACAAGAAAUCUGAGCAAAGCCCCUCAGACAGUUUUAUGUUCUGACGGGAUAUUUGAGAUUGUAAAGUACUUGAAUCCCAGGCAGACUGAAGGCCUGUGUUCCCCAUAA